AUGGCCUUCACAAAAUUCAUCCUUCCCACACUCGCUAUUGCGAGCAGUGUCCUCGCGCAAAACGAUGUCUGCGAUGGACCAUCGAUCACUAUUGCCAGCAGUACCGACGCUGAGCAGAUUGCUGACUGCAGAACAUACAAUGGAGAUGUCAUCAUUGACUCGACUGCCUCUGGACAAAUUGCGAUCAACGGAGUACAACAGAUCAAGGGCGACCUCACCUGCAACAAUGCCACUCAGUUGACGGCUAUCACCUCGGACCAGCUCAACACCAUUACUGGUACCUUCAGUUUGACCGGCCUCACCAUUUUGUCGACCCUGCAGUUUGAUUCCCUCGAAGCCGUGAACAAGAUCAACUGGGUUGGUCUUCCUGCUCUUCAGAGCUUGAACUUUGCCCAGGGUGUUCAACAAGCCAACCAAGUCUACAUUUCCAACACUCAGCUUAACAACAUUAACGGCAUCGAACUGACCGCUGUUUCGGCCCUGGAUAUCAACAACAACCCGUACCUCACCACCGUGAAUGUUAACGACCUGAAGAACGUGACCACAUCGCUGUCCUUCUCCGCCAACGGCCGUGAUCUCGAGAUCAGCUUCCCUAACCUCGAAGAUGCUGCCAACUUGACCUUCCGAAACGUCAGCAAGGUUUCGAUGCCAUCUUUGAGCAUUGUUGGUGGCUCUAUGGGCUUCUACUCCGACUCUUUCGAAACCUUCUCUGCCCCCAACUUGACCCAGACUGGUGGCACCCUGGCUUUCGUUGACAGCCCAGAAUUGUCCAACCUUUCUUUCCCGUCGUUGACCGUGAUCGGUGGAGGUUUCUUGAUUGCCAACAACACAGCCCUCAAGGCCAUCAGCGGCUUCCCUAAGCUCAAGACCAUCGUUGGUGCCCUUGACUUUGCUGGUGCAUUCAACAGUGUCAGCAUGCCAUCCCUCACUGAUGUCCGCGGUGGUUCCAACGUACAGACUACUUCCACCAACACCACCAUUUGCGACCUUUUCAACCAGGCUCAUUCUGCUGGUGUCAUCAAAGGUGUCAACACUUGCAUCACCAACAAGGCUCACCCAGAUACCAACCCAUCUGCUACGUCCGGCGGUGCUUCGUCUACUUCGACCAGCAGCUCCAGCAAAAACGCCGGUGUGACAUUCGGACCCAGCACACCCAUGACUGGUCUCGGUGCCUUGCUCGCAGCAGUUUUCUUCCUGUGA